UGGGUGUGGGUGAAAGUAACAUUGUGUGUUCCUCAAUCAUUUAUAGGGAAGAAAGAGGAAGAUCGGUGUUUGAAGGAAAGGCAAUGUCUUUCGAUUCUGGUUUUGAUGAUAAUUCUUCUGCAACAAGAACUGGGCAGUCCAAUCUUGAACGCUUUCUUCAUUGCGUCACUCCCUCGGUUCCUUCAAGAACUCUUCUUCAGAGCUGCAUUAAUGGCCUAAAUAGCUUCUGGCAUCCAGUGUGUAAGGACAAAGUUGAAUACUUCACACUUGGAGAUCUUUGGGAUUGUUAUAGUGAAUGGAGUGCCUUUGGUGCUGGAACUCCAGUGCUUUUAAGCACUGGCGAAACUGUUUUACAAUACUACGUUCCCUAUCUAUCCGCCAUCCAGAUCUACUGUAAUAAGUCGGCCGUUGCUUCUAGGAAUCGGAGAGAGGAUGGCGACUCUAGUACAGGAUUUGAAAGCGACUCUUGGAGUGAUGAUACCGGGAGUGAUAAAUUGUCAAGGUCUUUUAGCAACAAUUCAACAAAGGCUUGGAGUGUUGUUUCUGAGGAUUCCAGCUUUGACUUAGAGACUUCAUGGACGGGGAAGGAUAAGCUUGGAUGGCUUUACUUACAUUACGUGGAGAUGUCUUCUCCUUACUGGAGGCCUCCGCUAGUGGACAAGAUAAAUGAAUUAGCUCAUGAUCAUCCCGCUAUAACGUCUCUCAAGAGUGUGGAUCUUUCCCCAGCAAGCUGGAUGGCUGUUGCUUGGUAUCCAAUAUAUCAUAUCCCAUGCCGGAAAAAUGAAAAGGACUUGUCAGCAAGUUUCCUCACCUAUCACACUUUGUCGUCGUCUUUCCAAGGCGCCUUCACAGAUGAAGACAACGGUGCCGACCGGGAAACGGUGUGGGAAGAGAGGUCGACAGCAGAUAUCCUUGGCAGAAUAUCUCUUCCUCCUUUCGGUAUAGCGACAUACAAGAUGGAAGGAGAUCUAUGGUUGAAGCAAGAAGCAUCUGAUCACGAAAGAAUAGUGAAUCUCUACAGUGCUGCAGAUUCCUGGUUGAGGCAACUGAAUGUUUAUCACCAUGACUUCAACUUUUUCACUCACCACUGUGGCCAUUUCCAUGUAAAUUAGUUAAAGAUGUGUAUCUUUUUUAGUGUUUUAACUUUCAUGUCGUUUUCUUUUCUCGGGUCCUCCGGCCUACCACCAUGAAAAAGGCUUCUCUCUGCUACUGUUCUGAGAGCAUUCAGAUGCUGGUGAAUUAUACUUUCUGAAGCUAUAGCUUCUUCUAAUAUCCUGUCAGAGGGAGUUUUGUGGAAUGAGUUGUUUAUUAUAUUAGAAAAAUUAAGUUUAAAGAAGCAACUUACAGUUCUAAUCCA